AUGGUCAGUCUAGGGGUUGCCGAGAAUCUACCGUCUCGUAUUGAGACGUCGAUGGGACAAAGCAGGUCGUUACGAAACACUGCGUUAUGGUAUCCCGAAAUUCCCAACCCCGCCUUGUAUCUGAAUGAGGAUUCCUUUGCGGGUGAAGAUGCUUCUUCUGGUAGAUAUCAACCGUUGUGCUGGACUUUGUUUGGAGGCCCUAGUGGUACUUUUCUUCGAUCUCUGACCGAAAUCUCCGUCACCUUCUUCGGGUCUUUGUGUGGCAUCGAAUUCCAUUAUAACACAGAGGACGUCCCGGUCGAACGUCGCAAGCUAGGCCGUCGCAAGUCCACGGAAUAUGCACAAGUCAUGCACUUUCCCAUUGACGGCCCCGGAGGGGAAAUUAUCGAGACGGUUGAGGUUAAUUUUGUCGAUCUUGGAAGCUUGUAUGGCGAACCCGCAAAAAGCUUCUACGGACACGAGAAAUUGAGGCUGCGGUACGCGGACCCUGACCUCCCCACCAAACUCACCCCCCCAACAACGCUCACCCUCCACCCAGGCAAACUCAGCUCCGCGAUCCUCCAAGGCAUCCUCGACUCCCUCACCAACAGCAAGCCCACCGACUUCCGACCCCCCUCCCCCAUCCCCGGGACCACCGACACUCAAUCCCCACCGUCCAACCCCGCCAUCAUCACGCCCACAUCCCUCACCGCCUGCGUCCACCGCCCGAGCAGCGCGGCGCUGCUGAGCGCCAAAUUCUCCCACGAUCCCCUCGUCACCGUCCUCGCCGACCAAAACGUCCUCGGCGCCCAGCGCGGCGACGUCGUCAUCCUCGGCGUCGAACCCCACGCCUACCGCCCCGUGCUCGCCGCGCCUGGCAUGGCCGCCGCGCUGCGCGGGAAGACGCUCGUGAGCGUCGUCGGCGGCGUGCCCGCCGCGAAGCUGUACGGUGCGAUAUACCACGGCACGGGGGAGGAGGAGGAGGGGGAGGGGGAGGGGGAAGGGCGGCGAUGCCACGUCGUGCGCGUGACGGCGGGGACGUCAGCCGCGGUGCGGGGAUCCGUGUCGCUGAUCGGCGAGGAGCCCGGUCGCGGACACCCGCCCGCGGCGCUGAACGCCGUGUACUCGCUGUUCAUGCGGGUCGGGCAGGUGAAGAUGUGGCCGGAACACUUGCAGGCGGUGGGUGCGACGAUGACGGCGGGGGGUCUUGCGUUCUUGUCCGUGGCGGUGGAGGGGUUGGUGGAGGGUGCGGUCCGGGAAGGGGUUGAGAGGGGGGAAGCGCUCCAGAUGGCGGCGUCGUGCAUGGUGGGGCUGUCGAAGCUGAUUGCGAGUGGAGAAGCGCCGGGUGAGGUGAGGAACAAAGUCGCGACGCCUGGAGGUGAGUCGAGUGCGUUGAGACAUGAUUCGUGA